UGGUUACAUAGUGUAACAACGUGAAUGGGAUGUCCACUCUUGGUCAUCAAGCCCUGAAUUUCUAUAUAAAGAGGUGGACUCGACAUGGAUAUACGUUUUAUUUUAUCCUUUUGACAGACUUUACUCAGAAAGGUGGCAGUGGACAGGACCGAUUUAAAUGGAAUCUUAGUGAUAUCCUUCUCACAGCCCAGAUGAUGUCAAAAUUGAGGGUGUUCAUUUUCCUGAUAUGUCUCACUGUCGUCAGUGUGCUUUUGAGUGGACACAAUUCAAGCACAUUUCCAGAAAUCUUCCGGGGUCAGGACAGAAGCCUUUGUACUUGUGAGACAUGUUUAUCAGAAGAUGACCUGUGGCUUGCUAACAACACAUCUGUUGAGCCAUUUUUGUCAGCAAAAUACAAUUUUUCAGAGGAUGUUUUUGAGUGGUGGAAACUCUUACAGGAUGAACAGCACAACUUCACUACUUACAGAAAAACAGUGAAAAUGCUGUUUCAGAUCUUCCCACCAAAUCCAGUUCUCACAGAACGCUGCACGGACGGUUGCAGGAGUUGUGCUGUGGUGGGCAAUUCGGGAAAUUUGAGGAGAUCACAUUAUGGCCCUCUCAUAGAUGCCCAUGAUGUCGUCAUAAGAAUGAACAGUGGCCACACUAAAGGUUAUGAAGCAGAUGUUGGGAAGAGAACAACUCAUCAUAUUAUGUAUCCUGAGAGUGCCAAGGACUUGGACAACUCCACUCAUUUGGUGCUGAUUCCAUUCAAGAUACUAGACCUUGAGUGGCUCAUUCAAGCCUCCACUACAGGAUUUUAUGGCAAGUCAUAUAAGCCAGUGAAAUCAAAUAUCACAGUAAAUAAGGAUUUGGUGAUGGUGAUGAAUCCAGCUUUCAUGAGGUAUGUCCAUGAUGCAUGGCUGGAAAAUGAGGGCAAGUAUCCAUCCACUGGCUUUAUGGCUGUGAUUCUCGCUCUGCACACGUGUGAUGAGGUCCAUGUGUUUGGUUAUGGAGCGGAUGAAGAAGGAAACUGGAGUCAUUACUGGGAUCCAAUCCAGAACAGUGAUUUAAAAACUGGAGUACAUGCUGGAACCAAUGAAUAUGAAAUUAUCCAGCAGCUAGCUAGGAAACAAAAACUCAAAUUUUAUAGAGGGUGGUGAUUUUUUCUGUGCAUUUAAAGUAAACAAUAAACAUGACAGCAAAUACAAAGCAAAACACAUUUCAGAAGCCUGGGCCUUAUGUUGAUAGACACUACUGCAGUGUACAAAAGGAUGAUGUGCACGCGUGUGCGCACACACUAACACACACACACACACACACA